CAGCCAGGCAGUUUAGCAUGAGGGAAAUAUGUUUUUCCUUUCCCAGCAUUUGUUACAUUAACUGGGUGCAUUAUUAGCGUGACUAUUAUGUCAUUUUUAGCUCUGAAAUUUAGGAAAUGGAGUAAAGGAUUUUUCUGUGUCUGGGACUACAUAGGAGGAAGAAACACAUAGCAAAAAGAUUUGCUGAAGUCAGAUAUUCAAUCUCAGCUCAUCAGAGCCAUCCCAAUUCCUGCUGGGAAAUAAGUAUCUCAGGGAGAGCUUGGGCAACUUACUCUUCAGUUUCUCUAUACCCUGGAGCUGAGUUACAGAGUAACCCGAAAACAAUGCUCCAGAAUUCACCCCACUAAUAAACCAGAGCAAAGUUCACAACAGGUUCCAUGGAUAGAAGUGCAGAGCAAAGGCCAGAGCUCCAGGGAAGGGCUACCACAGAGCAGGGACAGUCACCUGUCUUAAGCGAGGAUUCCUGAGCCAGCUGCAGCUGUGGCAGGCCAUGAGCUCUGUGCUAUCAAUCGUCUUGCAGGAACUCCCAGGCCCGUUCCUAGUUCUGGGGAUCUUCCUGCCUGUGACUUUGCUGCUUUUCCUCCUGAUUGCCUACUUCAGGAUCAAACUGAUAGAGGUUGAUGAAGAACUGUCUCAAAUUUCUGAUCGCCAAAACAAGCACAGUCCUUCUCUAUACAGGCGGAUGAGACGAAGAUGACUAUGGGGAUCAUUCAGUGGAGAAAGAACCAUGAAUUUCACAAGGCCACAGAACAGUGGUCCAACAGAUCCAUGGAGAAAUGAGAACAGUGGAUACAUCAGCUACUACUAGAGGACUUCUGUGUGAUCUGAUGUUAAUGGCAGUUCUUCAGAAAGUACCAAGGACUUAAAUUUUUCUUUCAUUUGCUCACUGCAUGAGGCACAUCUCAAGUUUCUUUUGUUAUGACUAUGUUUAUUUACUUGGAAGAGUGUUUUUAAAAUAAAAUUUGUAGACCGAAUCAUA